CUCUGAUCUAUAUAUAUAUACACACACACUUUCCUUACAUUUAUUCACUGUCGAUCAGCUUCAUAUAUAUCCCUGCCCAUCUACUUACUGUUUUUACAAAUUAUUUCAGCUGAAAGAUCAGCUUCAAUAUUCCAAGCCCUAUUUUCUUCUGCUUGCUUUAACACUAGAAUGGGAAGGACUCCAUGCUGCUACGCCGAUGGCAUGAACCGAGGUCCAUGGACACCGGAAGAAGACCAGAAACUCUUAGCCUAUAUUCAACAAUAUGGCUGUGGAAGCUGGCGUUGUUUGCCACGAAAAGCCGGUCUUCAAAGAUGUGGGAAGAGCUGCAGACUGAGAUGGAACAAUUACCUCAGACCUGAUAUUAAGAGGGGGGAGUUCAGUUUGCUGGAAGACAGAACCAUCAUUCAACUUCAUGCCCUUCUUGGCAACAGAUGGUCCGCUAUAGCCACACACUUGCCAAAGAGAACUGACAACGAGAUCAAGAAUUACUGGAACACGCAUCUUAAGAAAAGGUUGGCCAUGAUGGGCAUCGAUCCAGUUACUCACAAGCCAAAAGGCACCGUCCUCGAGUCUGCAAAUGGUGACCCUAAAAACGCAUCCAAUCUUAGCCACAUGGCUCAGUGGGAGAGCACUCGGCUCGAGGCCGAAGAAAGACUAGUCCGAGAGUCACAGUUAUGCUACCAAUUAUACGAUCUGCCGCCAGGCUCUUCUUCAGGAAGAUCAUCUGCUGCAGCCUCGGGCAUGCUAAUCAAUCAAACAAUUACCAGUAAACUCGCACCUCCACGUUGCCUUGACGUUUUGAAAGUAUGGCAAAGCGUGAUGUUAGAGUCAAUGCUAGCUGCAGGAAAUGAUCGUCAUGGUGGCGGCGAUUCUGCAGGUUCCUUUUUCGGUCUUGGCAUGGGUGGCAAUUCAUGUGAUAUUGCCUCUGAUCAGGCAUCUGCAUUAGGUUUCUUAGAGAUCAACGCAAGGGAUCAAAAGUACUUAAAUGAAUUCAAUGAAAUAUCAACCAUGCAGCUCCAAAAGAUGAAUCUGGCUACUGGGCACAACGUUGGAGAUCAUCAUCAGCAUCAUCAUGCUGAUGGUGUUUUUAAUAAUAUGGGCAAUCAUAUCUUAUCUGCAAACAGCUUGAUUACUGGCAGUAAUGCUGGAAGUGGAUCAUCAAGUAAUGCUGUCGAGGAACGUGCAAGAAAUGAGGAUAAUUAUUAUUGGCAUGAUAUCAUUAAUAUGGGGGAUUAUUAACUUUCAAAGAAAUGACCAGUCGUUUGAAGUAAUGUAGCUAUCUAGCAAGCUGGGUACGUAUUUUCCUGACAACCAACGUACGCCUCCAGUGACUUCCCUCUCGAUCUUAAUUAAUGCUACUGACUUUUUUUUUGUUUUUUCCUUACAUUGUAAUCAAUAAUCAGAAAUCGACAUUCAGGAUCAGUUAUUUAA